CCUCCACAAGAGCUAGAUUAUUUUCACGGAGAGAGAAGACGACAAUGGCUUCCUCUAGUUCUCAUCUCUCUGCUAUUCCACAACGCCUCUCUCUAUCUUCUAAAACCUCUUCUUCUCACUUGCUUAAAUCCAAGUCAGUCGGGUUUCGACUGAAAUCAAGUUUGGAGGAUAAGAAUUGCAACUCAGGAGAUUCCCACCCUUCAUUGGAGUCAAGUAAGGAAUCUCAAGCAUCAACAUCAAGGCGCCAGUGUAUUACUUGCUUAUGUUCAACUUUAGUGCUGAUUAGUAAUGCUGCAACCUCCAUCUCCAUCCCAAAGGCAAUUGCUUCAGAUGGAAAAGAAAGAGCUGUAUGCCGGAAUUGUUUAGGCAGUGGAGCUGUACUUUGUGAUAUGUGUGGUGGUACAGGAAAAUGGAAAGCUCUAAACAGAAAACGUGCUAAAGAUGUUUAUGAGUUCACAGAAUGCCCUAAUUGUUAUGGUCGAGGGAAACUUGUGUGUCCUGUUUGUUUAGGAACUGGUUUACCAAAUAACAAGGGUCUUCUAAGGAGGCCUGACGCAAGACAAUUACUUGAUAAAAUGUAUAAUGGUCGGAUAUUGCCUAGAUCUUGACAGGCCACUCCACCAAACAGAGAAUUUUGUACAUGAGCACAAAUGUAGCAAGCUUUUUCUUUCAAAUAGCCCAAGAAAUGACCAAGGCUUUGAUCUUCCUAAAGCUGCUUCGUUCAAGGGCAUCUGUAUCAGAGGAUGGAAGAACACCUCUUUCCAUCCCUAUUUGAAUCACAACAAGUAUGUAGACUGAAUAAGUUGCUUUCUAGUGUUAAUUGAUGGAUUACAUCAGUCUUUACAUAGUAAGAGUGAAAUUGUAUAGUUUUAAGAUGUAAUUUUAACGAAGUUUGUAAUUAAAGUACAUUGUGCUUCUAAAAGAUAGGAUCAAUACUUCUCUACAUGCAUUGUAUUGAAAUGAAUGGCUCUGUUUGGCAAGAGCAUUUGAAGGAGUGUUUAGAGUUUUGACUAUGUCAAAACACUAUUUUGAUGUAUUGCAUCGGUUGGUGAGGUAGUUUUAUAAAA